CUCUCGGAGAACUUGAUCAGUUGUGUGUUUCGCGGCCUGGCGGCGCCCGGUUUUCACCAACGGAUUCAGAAACAGCGCGAUUUUCUCGAUCAUCCGCAGACGGACGGACAAAACAUAACAAACAAACAGACGAGAGAGAAACAAAAAAACGUAAGGAAAGAAUCGCAGUCAGUCUCGAAAGCCAGAUCAGCAGGGAAACAUGCUCUGAACGGAACCCUCCACCAAAUCAUCAUUAUUAUCAUCAUCAACACUUUUACAAAUCGUGCGAGAAUAGUUAGUUAGUUUUAGUUUGGUGUUUGUUUUCACGAAACGAAAGGAGUGCUUCGACAGCACCAACAUGGAUACCAAAAAGGAGGAAGCUCCAAAAACCACGACCAUCAGCACCAUCGCCGUGCAGAGUGGAAAGACCCGACUAGUCAUCGCCCUUCUUCAUUGCGGGGAUUGGAUGAAAUUGAAGAUAUUGGAGGUGACUCCGGAAUUGACUGCAUUAGGAAACACUAUAAGCGAAGCGUUGGAACUGCAGAAAGCCCACGAUGAAGUGCUCAGACAGCUACAGAACAAACAGAGUCCGGUUGAGGAACUGCUCCGGCAGGCGGAUCAGCUCAUCGCAACGCAGAAACCUCGAGCCGAAGUUUAUGCUGCGAUGGCCGAAUCAUUGGGAAAAGCGUGGCAGGAUGUUAAUGUUCAUCUGGAGCUGCGGAAGGUUAUCUUGGAUCUGAACGUGCAAUAUCACACGAGAGCGGACGAGUUCUUUGCGAAGAUGGAAGCACUCGAGGGUCUCUGCUCAGAGACGGAAAUCCCGAUAGAUAUAGGAGCCGUUAAAGACUUUCUGACCAACGUGCACGACCUGAGAAGAUCUGGACUGGAAUCGCUUAUGGACGCGCUGAAAGCUGGUAACCUGCUCAUAGAAAAGCUGAAGGAACUUGGCGCUGAAGGCACACUCGACUCGAGACCCGACCGAAUACGAAGCUCUGUGAACAGAGCAAUAUCCCAAGUCCAAGAAUGGAUGGAGAAGCUGCACAUGAAGAGGAAAGUUCUAGAAUGUACCUUUACGCGGAGAAAGGAGCAAUUAGAACAGUGUCUUGCAUUGGCAAUUCUCGCAGCAGAUCUGAAGGAGUUGGAAGAGGCUGUUACCAAAUGGAGAAGUCUUUUGGUUAGCAGCGACGAAUUGGGUGAUUCCGCGUCCAGCGCGGAAUUGCUGCAACACGAAAUGAGGAAACUUCUUCCGGAUGCUAAGCAAUUGCAGGAGAGGGCUUUAAAGAUCACCAAAGCUACAGACAAACUCGUCCAAUCCGGUUGUUUCGCCGGAAGUCAAGCCAUCGAGCAAGCGUACGUUGUGCUCUCAUCGACUUCUGAUUACUUGGCGGAUCUGCAGCAACGCGAUCACCUCUUUGAAAGGGUCAUCGCUUUCUUCAGGUCUGCGCAAUCUGCUUUGAAUAAACUGGAUCAAAUCGAAAUGCAACUGAAGAGCAGUGAAUUAAAAUCGACAUCCCCGCAAUUGGCACAGCUCCACGCUCAGUGCGCGCAGACCAUCGAAGAGGUGACCUCAGGACCGAUCGCCGAAGGUUACUCGAUUCUGGGAUCAACACCAUUAAACGCUUCCGGAGUUAGGAAAAUGGUGGAGGAACUUGAGAACAAAAAGAUCGUUUUAGAUGGAUUGUGCGUGGCUCAUAAAGAGGAAAACAGGAGGAUUAACCAAGCGCUUGAAGAGUUCUUGGAGAGGCAGGAUGAGUUACAAGGAUGGCUUGUGGGAAUCGCAGAGGCUUUCCUCAAAGGCCACGGUGAUUUGGGACACGAUUUAUUUUCAUCUAGGGAAUUCUUGGACUUGCAUAAUCAGCUACUAACAGACUUACAAACGAAAGGAAACGAAAUUAACGCUUUAUUACUAACGCUUCCUCCGAUUCUCGAAUACUUGCAAGAUUCGCAACGCAGCGAGGUAGACUCGAAGGUGGAAUCUCUGCACGAAAGAUGGUUGAACCUGAAGAACCUCUUGGAGUCACGACUGGAUCUGUCCGUGCUCUACGUGAAAUUCCACACGGAUGCGGAGAAGGUGACCAGGGAGAUGGACGUUUUGGAUGAGGCGAUCCAGAGGACGGGAGAGAAUAUGUCGGAGGAGAGCAUGAAAGUGCUGGAGGAGAGAUUGGAGCUGCUCGUACCCCUCUACCAGUCGGCCAAGAACACAGGCCUAACAUUCAUCAAUGAAACUCAAAAGGUUACUGAGCCCCAUCUCGAUGCGAGACGAGCCAUCACUUGCGUCCAAUCCGUGCUGGACCGACUCUCCAGCCGCACCCUAACAGUGAACAGAAGCUGGCAAACCUUCCAAACGGAAGUCACAGAAAGAAACGAAAUCAUCAAGCAGAUUGAAAUCAACAUGGUUGAAAGCACCAAGACAAUGAAUUGGGCGACAAAGCUCGACUCGCAAAUAUAUCCGGUCAUCACGACGAUGGCGUCGGAUUCCAAGGAGAUCAGCGAGCACAUCGAGAAGAAGCUGCAGACUGUUGUCAGUGAGAUCAGAAGGGCGCAAAGGGAAGUCGAGGAACGCGUCACGACCACGGAAAGUCUACUAAUUAAGACGCAGACGAAGCCGGACGAGAGAACGAUACACAUCAAGGAACAACUCAACCAAAUGGCUCAACGCCUCGGCAAUAUUUGCUCCGAUUAUCAAACCUUAGGACAGAGAAUGAUUUCUUACUUCAAACGAUUAACAGACUUGGACAACUCCAUCAAUAUAUGCAACAAACCAGUCUCAAGAACCAGAAAUAGCUACGAAAUAGAGAUGUUGAUCGAUGAUCACGAAGCCACGAAACAGUCAGUAUUGAAUCUUUUCAAAAUAACAAGAGACGAAGCCGAAGAAAUCAUCAACAAAAUCAGAAGACAGGAGCCCUCGGAAAGCGCUAACCAGGACAUUGAACGCCUUCAAGCCAAUUUGGAGUUGCGUAAAGAAAACUUUGAAAUAAACUGGAAAUCGAAGCGCGAACAAUUGGAAGCGCAAAAGAAACUCUGCCAAUUCGACAGCGAUUUACAGCAAAUCAAUGAUACUUUGGAUGAUCUUGGUCAUCAAUUGAGUGGCAUCAGAGGACAAUACGGAGAAUCCUUGCAAGCAGCCAAAGACACAUCUUCAGGAUUCGUCCACUUCGAAAAAACAAUUGAGAUGUUGGAAAUGAGGAUCGUUCAAUUUAUAAACGCUGGCAACCAAUUGCUUGAUGAUCAGCACUUGGAUUCGCCUUCGAUUGAGAUGCAGAUUGAAGAUUUGAAGAAGAGAUGGAACGAAUUGAAGCAGCAAAUCGCUGAGACUAGAAAUCUGAUCGAUUUGAGUGUACAGUAUUUCGGAUUGAUCGAAGAGGCCGACGACUGGUUCAGAGAGGGAAGUCGUUUAUUGGUAACGAUCGCACGUAAAUCUAGUUUGGUGAAGAAACCUGAAGAAGCGCAAGAACUGUUAAACGAAAUCGAGAUGUUCCUGAAGCCAGGAGAGGCUAGACAGAAUGCGCGUAUAGAGGAUAUCGUGAAGUUAGGUAGCAAAUUGUUCGGAUUUGAGCCGCAGCACGUCCUCGUUAGCAAUCGCGAGAUGAUGGAAUCCUUUAACGUGAUCAGCAAUGAACUGAAUACAUUGGCGCAAAAUCUGAAGACCGCUGAGGAGGAACGCGAAAGGAUGUUGCGUGAACAUGAAAUGUUGAGAAUGGAAUUGUUAAGGAAAGAGGAAGAGAAAAGGAAAGAACUGGAGAUAAGGCAGCAGAUGGAGCUGGAGGCCAAGAUGCGAGAGCAUGAAGAACUGUUGAGGAAGGAACGCGAACAGGAAGAGCUUAGGAUUAAGAAGCAGAUGGAACUGGAGGCAAAGAUGAAACGAGAACAAGAGGAACUUUUGCUGCAGGAACAGUUGAAACGAGAACAAGAGGAACUUCUGAGAUUGGAACAGUUGAAAAGAGAACAAGAGGAAAUUAAGAAGCAGAUGGAACUCGAGGCUAAGAUGAAACGAGAACAAGAGGAACUUUUGAGGCAAGAGCAGCUAAAACGGGAACAAGAGGAACUUUUGCGAUUGGAGCAGAUGAAACGAGAACAAGAGGAAUUAUUGCGAAAGGAGCAAAUGAUCAGAGAGCAGGAGGAAAUUAAGAUUAAGAAACAGAUGGAACUCGAGGCCAGAAUGGAAGCUCCGGUAUUCAUCACUCCCUUGUGCGAUCAAAUCAUACAGGAAGGAAAUAAGUUUACUUUCGUUUGCCAAGUCAGCGGCUUCCCUCUUCCUGUAGUUACUUGGCAUAAGGCUGGAGUAUCUAUACAGAACAACCCAGACUAUCAGACCACUUUCGAUCAAGGCUUGUGCACGUUGACUAUCGAAGAAACGUUUGCAGACGAUUCUGCAAAAUACACUUGCAAAGCGAUCAACGCCGUUGGUUCUGCCGAGACUGGUGCUUUCCUCUCUGUGAAGGAGAGCGAACCGGAGGAGCAAUUAUCGCCUCCUAACUUCACCAAGUUCUUACAACCGGCCGUCGCUAAAGAGGGAAGAAGUUUCCAAUUCGAAUGCACCGUUGAAGGAAAUCCUUUGCCGACAGUGCAAUGGUUCAAGAAUGCCGAUUGCAUUGAUAAUUCCCCUGAUUAUAUCAUUACAUAUAACAAUGGAGAGGCUGUUCUUAAGUUCGAGCAAUGUUUUAUGGAGGAUAAGGCAGAUUAUACGUGCAAGGCGAGCAACAAUUUAGGAGUAGCUCAGUCCGUCGCAAAUCUGGUGGUGUUGCCUGAGGAACCUUGCGAACCGCCAACGUUUGUAACGCCGCUCUGUAAUGCAAUGGCACGGGCAGGCGAAAAGAUAAAAUUGGAAUGCGAAAUUUCUGGACUGCCGCCACCGAUUGUCCUCUGGUCGCACAACGGGAAACCACUCAAAGAGACGCGAGAUCUCAAACUGCACCGAGACGGCCAAAAGGCGACGCUCUCGAUCCAAGAGGCCUUCCCGAAAGACGCCGGAAACUACAAAGUGACCGCAACGAAUUUGGCCGGUGAAGUUACCAGUGAAUGCAGUGUCAGCGUCAAAGGACGCCUUCCGGCUGAAACUUCCGAUUCAGAACUGCCCAGCGACAUGGAACCAAUCAAACCGUCCAUCCAGGAUCCGCUGAAGAACGUCGAGAUCCCGGAAGGCGGACAGGUUUGUCUGGAGUGUGUCAUCGUCGGACAACCGGAACCAGAGGUCAUCUGGUACCACGACGACAAUCCGAUUAAAGAAUCCUCAGACUUCCGUCUGCUCUUCCAGGGAGAUCGUUGCUCUCUGAUAAUCCAAGAGGCUCUUCCCGAAGAUGCUGGAGAGUACAAGGUCAUGGCGUUGAAUUCAGCAGGAGAAGCCUCCAGCAAGGCUCUCCUCUCUGUCACACCAAAACCCGAAGACACGGACUGCGCUCCGAAAUUCAGCAAACUGCUCACUGACAUUCUCGUCUCUGAAGGCGAUAAAGUUAUUUUGGAAGCACAAGUUUCUGGCACGCCUCGGCCCGACAUCAAAUGGCUGCUGAACAACACGCCGAUCGAUCAAAGCGAGAGAAUCCAGCUCGCCCACGCCGAUGACGGUACCCUAAAACUGGACAUCGCCAACGUAAAGAAUGAGGAUCGCGGCGUCUACACCGUCAAGGCAACAAAUCGCAAAGGUGAAGCCAAAUGCUUCGCCCAGCUCAUCGUCAAGUCAUCGAAAAUGGCAGAGGCCAAAGUCCACGAGGAGAUCAAAUCCGCUCCAACCUUCAGAGAGACCUUCCACGAUAAACAAGUUUUCGAAAACACAGCCACCAAAUUCGAAUGCAUCGUAGCCGGAAAACCAACACCCAAAGUCCGUUGGACCUUCAACGGCGCUCCAGUCUCCGGAAAGAACUUCCUGAUUUCCACAUCCGGAGAUCGCCAAGUUCUCUCCAUUCCGGAAGUCUCCAAAGAGAACGGCGGAAGGAUCGAGUGCAUCGCCGAAAACGAAGCAGGAAAAGCCACCUGCUCGGCCAGCCUGAUAAUACAAUCGGUCUCCGACAUAACUCUACCCGAGAUGGCCCAAUCUUUAGAAAUCGUUCAAAUCCCCGCAGAUAACUGGAAUAAGGAUAUCCAGCAGCACACCGAGUCUUCGUUCACCUACAAGCGCGAAAUCAACGUGCAAUCAUCCUCAUCCACUUCGAGCAAAAUUAUAUCCUCCACCACGGCCACGCCAGAACCGCAUAUCGAAGAGCACAAGUACUCCUCCAAAGAUGAGAAAUCCUUCAAACAAAUCAACUUGGAAGCUCCGGAGAUUAAAGAAUCCCACAAGGAGGAAGAGUACCAUAAGAUCGGAAAGCAAGAGCCUGUGAUCCACGAGAAAUCAACGUCACUUUACACCAUCGGCGGUCAGCAGGUCGACAUCCCCAAGAUACUUCCAGCUCAAGAGACGCCAUUGCCAAAAUCAAUUUUCAAGGCUCGUCCACCCAAAUUCGUGACUCCAGUUAUCGGCAAAAUUGUCGAUCAAGAUGUUAACGUUAUUCUGGAAGGUAUUCUGGAUGGAACACCAACUCCUCAAGUGUCCUGGUGCAAAAAUGGAGCCGAAUUCAAAGGAGGAAAUAACGCUAAAGUCACAUACGAGCACAACUGCGCUAGGAUCGAGCUGAAGAAUGUUACUAUCAACGAUAGCGGUAAAUACACUUGCACAGCGAUCAACGAAGCCGGAAAAGCCAUCAGCACAGCUGAUUUGGUUGUCAGAAAAACUAUCUUUCCACCUGUCUUCGGGCGUCGUUUGCAAGCGCAAGUCAUCAAGAAGGGCGAUCGUGUCAAUAUGGAAGUUGAGGUCACUGGAACACCUGAGCCUCAGGUCACCUGGUUCAAAGAUGGGCUUCCUUUAGCGGAAGUCAUCAAGGAUGGUUAUAAGAUCAAAACGCAAGGAAAUUGUCAUACCUUGGUUCUUGAAAAAGCUGACUUUAGGCAUACUGGAAAGUACACCGUUUGCGCCAUAAACCCAGGUGGAGAGGCCCAGAGUAUUGCAGACAUCGCCGUUUACGAGCCAACACCGGACACGAUGAUCGAAGUGGUAAAGACUGUGGUCUUCGAGGACGUCCGAAAGCACGAAUCACUUGCAUCCGCGACUGACAAGAGUUUAGAAACGAUCACGACUUCAACAGCAGAACCCAAAGCUAUAAUAAGCAAACCCGUCUCGAUUCCCUCGACCUUCCCGAAACCCCUUUUCUCCGAAUCAUUGACUACUGAAAUGUCCACGCACACUGAAAGCUCAAUAAUGCACGAUACUAAAACCUUGACGCUAGAACGCAGCACGCCCGUAUGCGACAUAGAAAUGCCCAAAAAGGUAACGAAACCCGACGAAGGCACUGCCGAAGGCAUUGAAACUUCCUCAAUUACAAAGCAGCAAUCUUUAGAUUUCUUCGUCAAGAAAAUGAAGGAGGUCGAAGAAAUACCCAAACCGAAAGAAGCUGCUGCUUUGCCUGCGCCUAUUAAGCAAGAAAUCUAUACCAAGUUUGAGGACGCCACGAAAAUCGAAGCUCCUAAGAAAGUAGAACAGACCGAAAAGUACACCGCUUUUAAUCAAUCACAAACAUCGCAAUCGUACGAAGAAUUCAAUUUGCAACCGGAACCUCCGGCGGAAAUCUGCUACCCGGAAUCGAAACCUGAACCGCAACCGAUAAUCCCCGCUCUCGAGGUCCAACAAAAAACUCAAAUGUUCGAGAAGAAAUCAGAACACUUUGAAAGCUCACAAAUGUCCAAAUCGGAAUCAUCUCAAUCACACCAAACCUGGACAUCGGAAAGACCUGCUUCCGCAGUUUCAUCCCACACUCUGGACAGGCAAACCAUCAUAAGACCUACAUCAGCUAUGUCUUCGUCCAGCGGCUUAGAACCAAGUGCUGAAGGUCUAGCAAUGGAGAAAACUUGGGCUCACAAACACACCGAGUGCAAUGUGCAAAAAUCUUGGCCUCCAACUCAGAAGGAAGCGCAGAAAAUUGCUCCAACCUGGUCAGCUCAGUCCACACUCGAAAGAAAAUGGGCUCCAGAAACGCAGGUCUCUGAGAGUAGCUACUACAAAGAAACAAAUGUUUCUUCAGAAAUUACACCACAAGCAACCGGAAGCUUUUACAAGGAAACAAUAACAGAAACAUUGCCACAAGUAUCAAGCAGUUUUUACAAAGACUCUAAAGUAACCUCAGAAACAACACCACAAAUCUCUAGUAGCUUUUACAAAGAAUCCAAGGUAACUUCAGAAAUAACACCACAGGUUUCCAGUAGCUUUUACAAAGAAUCUAAAGUUGUGUCGGAACCAACACCACAGGUUUCAAGCAGCUUUUACAAAGAAACUAAAAUGACUUCAGAGACAGCUCCGCAAGUCUCAAGUAGUUUUUAUAAAGAAUCUAAAGUUACAUCCGCAACGGAAUCUAAAAUUACAUCAGAAUCAACACCACAAUCGAGCAGCUUUUACAAAGAGUCUAAAGUAGUUUCAGAACCAACACCGCAAGUCUCUAGUAGCUUUUACUCAAAAGUUACUUCAGAAUCGACGCCACAAGUCUCGAGCAGUUAUUACAAAGAGUCUAAAGUGACUACAGAAAGUACACCGCAAGUUACAGGUAGUUACUAUAAGGAAACAAAGAUGACUUCUGAAACUACGCCUCAGGUGCCGCAUUACAUUGCGCAAGUGUCGCACACUUCUAAUGUUAAUGAAUUCAGCAGUCAGCAAAGCAGUUACGAAAUGAAGUCUGAAAUGAAAUCUUCGAGCAAACAUGAAAUGAUUAGCGAAGAACGUAACGCAAAACCAUCAGAAAUAAUUAAGUCUUGGCCGCCGAAGGGUAAAGAACCAGAGGAGGUUCCUUAUAAACCUGUUGUUAUUGAAAGUUUGCCGAUAAGACCAGUUUCUGUGCAAGAUAUAACCGAUGAGAUCUAUUUGGAGCCCGGCACACCACCGGAGAUUGUUUACGCUCAGCCGCCUGUAUUGGAGAGGAGGAUUUCGCAUGUAGAAACCAUUGAGCAGAGCUUAGAAAAGACUUUGGAUAGAGUUCCCAGUCGAGUUUUACCUGGUGCUAUCCGCACUAUACCGCCUCCUUUACCUCCGAAGCAAGAGCAACCUAUUGCUCCACCAAUUCCGGCGAAGACCAUGAAACCUAUGAAGGUUGUUGAAUCGAAACCUUUCGAGAAAUUCCCCGAUUUGGAGCCGUUCCCUUACAAACCGGACCCAGAUCAACCCAGGCAACAAAGGGUUGGUCCACCUCCGACACCUUCCAAAUUCAUCAAAGGAAGAUUCGCCGAUAGCGAUUACGAGAGCGACUUCGAAGCGAUACGAAUUCCCUCGAAAUGGAAACCUUACGCGAGCGACAACGACGAGCCCAGCUUCAGGCACGUCAGGGCUCCGAAAACUAGCACACUGCCGAGAUCUCGUUCCAUCGAAAAGGAGGCAAUUCCUCCAUCCAGAUUCGAACAACCACCUCCGGUGUCCGGUUUACCGAGACCGACGAUUAACUUCGAGGCGUGCAAAAAGAUGCUACGCAAAGAGACGGAGAUGAAGAAGUUCACGAAGAAACCUGCUUCUCCUCCGAUCAUGAUCAAACCUGGCUCUCCACCGAUCUUCGACGUGGCCGAACCGAAGUCACCGAAGACGAAGCAAAAGAUCGUCAUCGAUGGUUACAUGGCUGACACCGACGAACCGUUCAUCAUGCAACAAAAGAAAUUGUUAAAGAGCGAGGAGAAGCAUCAGCAGCAGCUGCAACAGCAGACGUACCAGUGUCAAACUUCCCUUCAACAACAAUCCACCCAAUCCAAAUUUUCACACCACAAGAAACAUAGUUCCACGACGAGUGCUUCAUCGAAGAAGAAACUGGUUUCCACUCCGAUCAUAACUAGCGUUUCAACCACUGAAAAACUGGAGCCUUUCCCAUUCAAACCGGAACCAGCGACAGCACCUAAGGUGAAGUUACCGCCACCUCCGAGCCCUUCGAGGUUCGUCAAGGGUGAAUUCAGGGAAAGCGAUUACGAGAGCGACUACGAAAGUAGACUCUCAGCCGCGUGGAAGACCGACAAACAGUUCAGAUCCGUUCGUCCGGUUUUAACACCGACCGGAAGACAGUCUCAAACGAAAGAGCGAACUCCAACACCGCCCAUGCAAUUCGACCAUCCGGAAAGGGUUUCGAUCCCUUCCAGACCCAAAUUCGAACCCAUCGAAAAACCUGUGAAGACCGUCAAACUGGAUCAGAUCAUCAAGCCUGUACCUAAACCAACUCCGAUCUUCAAACCGAAACCGAUUAUGCAGCAACCUCCGGUCAUGGACAUAAUCAUCGCAACACCAGCAGCGCCGGAGAAGGUUAUGCUCUUGCAACCUGGUACUCCGCCGGAGAUCGUCUUUGCUCCGGGACCGAAGAAGACGCAGUAUUAUAGAGCGACGACGAGCGCUCCUUACCACAACGCCGUCCAAACGGAAACAUCGAACGUGAUGCACUUCAACGAAUCUACAGAGCAAUGUCAGAGAACUAUGAGCGUUCAGCAGACUACAAAAGUGAUCAAAUUUGGAGGAAACCAGAAGCAGACUAGCACUACCCAGGAAGUAUUAGAGCCGUUCCCGUUCAAGGUGGAACCGGAGAGAUCGAGGAGAGGAAGCGCUCCGCCGCCUCCGAAGCCGAAGAAGUUCGUGCCUGGGGAAUUCCGUGAGAGCGAUUACGAGAGCGAAGUGGAGAACACCAGGAUCAAAUCGAGAUGGGGAAGCAGCGAAGAACCGCAUUACAAGAAAGUCAGGGCUCCGGCAGCUGUGAGAUCAUCCAGCGUUCCAGCCUCUAGGGAGCAGCAAGUCGUUACUCCGAUGGAGUUCGAUACGCAACCACCGUACAUCUCUCAAUCCAAUCAAAUUGUUAAGAAGAAUUACGACUCGACGAUGACCAAGCAAACCGCUUCCAAAAUCGCCUCACAAUACAUGGACAACAUGACGCACACUUUCAAGUCGAAGGCCCAUCAAUUCGCCAGCGACAUCAUGGACGACGUGAACAAGAAGUCAACGCAGAAACCAAUCCUGAAGACGAAAGACGAAUCCGAUGCUCAAGUCUACAGGGAGGAAACGCGCGCAUCUCAAUACGGUACUAAACACGUGGAUCCAGACACUGGUCUCAUCUAUUUCAAAUACGAUUUCGGCUACGAAUUCGGCAUCCUUUUGCCAGGCGAGAGCAAAAAUGGUGAGAUUCCGUUCCCCAAGAAGACGAUUAUCCAACCGCCGCAGAGGUCUCAAUCCAUUGAAAUGCCGGUGCACCACGAGACUAGUACCGCUCCGAAGAAGUUCGUUGCCCCGUCGACUAACAAGAACGUGAAAUGGGAACCGACCUCUGAGAGCGAAAUGUCCGAGUACGAGCCGGACGGCAGGAGGAGACCCAAAUGGGAUCAAUCCUCCUGCAGCCCGACCUCGAUCUCGCCUAGUCUUCCGAGCACCUCGCCCGCUUUUAAUAACUACGGUUCAGGUUUCAAGGAUACAGAGACGCCUCCGAGUUGUCCAAGCACGCCGGGAUUCCCACAGAAUGCGCAGAUCAAAAGAGCUCCCGUCUUCAUCACUCCCUUGAGGGAUAUCGCAGUGGUCAGCGGACAAACGGCUAGGUUCGAGUGCAUUGUUCAAUCGGAGCCUUCGCCGAACGUGCUUUGGUCCAAGAACGGUCGCAUCAUCGAGAACUCCAACGACCAUUCGAUCUUCUUCAGGAACGGCGUUUGCCGUCUGACAAUACCAAAAACUUAUCCAGAGGACGCUGGAACGUACACUUGCACCGCGACGAACCAGGUCGGAGCGAUCAACACGACUGCAACUCUUCAAGUGCCAGGUGAGAGAAGGUCUUCAUACAUUAAAUGAGCGAAUCAAACGUAAACUUGGUGAAGGUUUUUUUUUUCUUCGGAAAACGUUAGCUUUUUGUACUUUAUAUAAUAUAUAAUUAUGUAGCAUUUGUGAAGUAAACAUUAAUAAUAUUGUAUGUAUUGUGUAAUCCCCUCCAAAAGUACGUACACCGCAAAACCCCACAGAUUUCGAUUAAUCAGACACUCCCAAACCCAUCCCACUGCCAAAGCUCGCGUGUAAAUAUGUAAUCGACAAAAAAAAAAUACAAGUAACAAAUAC